CAUCAAUGGCCGUCAAUUGCCUCUCUCUCAUGAUUCCUUUUGCUUAAAUUUAUGCCGACAUGACUCCUAACAACCGGGAUUUCUUCGCCUUGUUCGCUAAAUCUAUGCAUCUUUUCUUGUUUUCACUCUUUAUGAGAAUAGUUUGAUAUAAUUGAAACAUAAUGCAAACUCUGAAUAUCAAAGAGCAUGAUGGGAUUGGAAAUCAGGCAAUGGCUUCAGUUCCAUCAUCACUGCCAUGGGGGACUCAUCAAUCCUUUCAAGGAGGUGGGGCUUUUGGUGCUCAAUUGAAGCCUUUGUUGAUGGAGCAUCCCUCUAAUGGAGAUCAUCUUCUUCUACCAAACAACAACAGUUCACUAUUUUCCCAGGCUUGUGCAAAAUAUCCUUGCUUGGAUCAAUUCUAUGGAGUUUUCUCAACUUAUGGGGCUCGAAUCUCGGGUCGUGUAAUGCUGCCAUUCAACUUGGGAUCCGAAGAGGGACCAAUAUACGUAAACGCCAAGCAAUACAAUGGAAUCAUGAGGCGUCGGCAGUCUCGUGCAAAGGCUGUGCUUGAGAAUAAAUGGACUAAAGCCCGAAAGCCAUAUAUGCACCACUCUCGCCAUCUGCAUGCAAUGCGCCGGCCAAGGGGAUCCGGCGGCCGGUUCCUGAAUACCCGAAGUUCGAGUUCCGACAAAGGUGGCCUUGGGAUGAAGAAUUCAGCACAGGGACUGAUUUCUAACCCAACGGCUUCAUCUGAUAGUGGAACCUUAAACUCAUCCAAGAGACUUAAUGUAUGUGCUACAUUUUCAGGGUCAUCGGAGGUCACCGGCAUGUACUCCAGUGGUGACCUCGACCACCACUUCUUUAUCGACCAUCUCGGACUAUCGGUCGAGUCUCUCCCAUCAAUGAUCAACGAUCGUCGAGGCACUGUUAUGGUUGCAACUGCCGACUGCCGUUGCAACCCGAAAGUUUGACAUCGCUGCGGGGGUCAUUGUGGGAUUCGGUGCUAACCGAAAACCACUUUUCCCCCCUCUGAAGCAACCAAGGGAAGAUCUUGGGUUUGCACUGGCUCUUAUAGGGGUUUUUUGCAGCACAGGCUUUGGUUGCUGGGCAAAUCAUUCUUGGCUCAAGUAAGCUCUUCUUUGCCACUGGCUGAAGAUGCUGAAAUAUAUAUAUAUAUAUAUAUAUAUAUAUAUGGAUCAGACUAUAUUAUGUGUGUUUCCGUUUGAUCCAUUAAAAACUAUGAAAGUUUGGUUAUGGUGUUUUAAAUAUGCUGAAUUUGUGUUCAUGAAUUGUUAUGUUUGUGAACAUAAUAGUGUAC